UUGUGAUUAAUCUCACGUAUCCGUUUCACUUUCACUACAGUUUUUUUUCUUGUUUUUCAUCUGCAAAAUGACUGUUAUUAUUGGCGUCAUAGUGGCUUUCGUUGCCAGUGCUUGCGAUGCUUCCUUAUUGGUGAAGCGCGCUUCUGGCCAAACACCGAAAGUCUGGGACGCGUUGGACCAAUUGAAAGGCGCCAAUCGCGCACUCCACGCAACUGAGAUGCAGGAGCUAUUGCGUUCCGCCCGUCCCAACCAGGAUUAUCCCGCACUAGCCAGUAUUCCCGCUACAAACAUCGACUGUCUAAAAUUCCAUCAACCCGGAUUUUAUGCUGACGUGGACGCCGGCAAAUGUCAGGUGUUUCAUCGAUGUGAUAUCAGCGGGAAUCUGACAAGCUACCUUUGUCCUAAUAUGACGUUGUUUAACCAAAUCACGCUGGUCUGUGAUUGGUGGUUCAACGUGGACUGCAGUCAGGCCAAAAAUUUUGCGGAUUACUCCAACAGCCGAUUAUACCAAGGAGCGGAUGUUAUGCUGCUGGAUAAUCAGGAGGUCAUCGCCGCGUCAGGCGCUGUGGAUGCAAAGAAAGCGGCGCAGCUACCGGCGCCCAAACCUGCUAAAAACGGAAAUAAAAAGGCUAAAAGAAAAUUUCGUUCCUGAUGCACAUUUUUCUUGGAUCGCGAUUUUCGGAUUAUGAAACGCAGUAACUUUGACACACAACCUGUUGUAGUAAAGGCGAAUGUGAAGUAAUUACCGCAUGUGAUCAUGUGAACAAAACCAAUUAACAGACUAUAAAAGAA